AUGCAACUAGCGUUUCUGGACUUUGAAGCCGCGUUCGACUCUCCUCACCGGGGCCGUCUUCUCAACGCGCUGAGCGCAGAUGGAGUACCAGGAAAGUUCGUUCGCUUGCUUGAUGACAUGAAUCAACGAACAACUGCUGCAGUUCGAACACCAGCCGGAUGUACAACACCGUUCGAAGUGGUAACUGGAGUAAGACAAGGGGCAGUGGCAGGACCUUUCCUGUUCAAUUUCGCAAUCGACGACAUUAUGCGAAGAACAGUCGACCAGUGUCCUGCCGACAUUGUCUUGGCACCAUCUGGGUGCCCCUUGACUGACCUCGAGUACGUCGACGAUGUUGUUAUAUUCGCGGAAAGCAGUACGAAACUUCAACAUGUUGUCAACCUUGUAUCGAAGCUGGCUGCAGCCUAUGGACUACGCCUACGCCCUGAUAAAUGCAAGCAGAUGUGGAUCUCUUCGAGACCUCGAGCGGGGAUCAGGGUGGACGGACAAUCGAUGGAACUCGUCGACGAGUUCUGUUACCUAGGGUGUACGCUGAAGAACAAUGGCAGCUUCGAGAGAGAUGUUCUGCAAAGAUACGCUAAGGCCACUUCUGCAUUUAACUCCUUAACGAAAUGCCUGUGGUCGACCCCCAUCACCAAGGAAGUCGAGCUGCGAGUCUACCUAUCCGCAAUUUGCCCCAUCAUGAUGUACGGAUCGGAGACUUGGACGGCACCAUCAACGGUUAUGGAGAGGCUUGACUGCACGCUGAAAGCUGCUUAG